CAUGGAGGAAUGUGAAGUUUUAUGCACGAGACUGGCAAUCAUGGUCAAUGGAAGCUUCCGAUGUUUGGGCCCAAUCCAACAUUUAAAGAAUAAAUUUGCUGAAGGAUACACUCUGAUUAUCAAAGUGAAGGCGGGAGCCAAUGUGCCACAGAGAACCGAUAAAAUUAAGGAAUUCGUUCGCACAACUUUUACAGGUGCGGUUCUCAAACAGGAAUAUGUUAGACUCUUAACAUAUCACAUUCCAAGUAAAACAUACCCUUGGUCUCAAAUGUUUGGCAUUAUGGAAAAAUCUAGGAAACAACUUGAUAUUGAAGAUUAUUCUCUUGGUCAGACAAGUCUAGAG